AUGGGCAGCAUGUCCGCAGAGCCCCUGAAAGUUCUCAUUGUAGGCGCAGGCUUCGGCGGUCUGACCGCAGCAAUCGAAUGUCGCAAGAAGGGCUUCGACGUGAUCCUCUUUGAGGGUAACAAGAGCCGGCGCCAACUGGGCGACAUCAUCUCUUUCGGCUCAAAUUCUGGUCGCAUCUUCCGCAGCUGGCCCGGCGUGGAAGAGAAGCUGGAUCCAAUAUGCCACCACAGCGACGGUCUCGACUUUCGCACCUACGAUGACGAGUUCCUUUGUCGGCAGACCUGGGGCGCAGAAGCAGACUGGGGCAAGAGAUUUAAUGGCCAUCGAGGCGAAAUUCACGAAGUGUGUUGGAACCACGCCAUUGAGGUCGGCGUGGACAUUAGAUUGGGAUGCAAGGUUCAAGAAUACUUCGAGACGGAGACGGAAGCAGGCGUCGUAGUGAACGAUGAGAGAAUAGUGGGUGAUGUGGUUCUUGCAGGAGACGGUGUGAGGAGUUUGGCGCGGACUAUCGUAUUAGGGUUCGAGGACAAGCCAAAGAGCUCUGGAUACGCAGUAUAUCGAGCAUGGAUGCCUACUGACGGGCUGAAGAAGAACCCAUCAACGGCGUGGUUGGCCAAUCCAGAGAAGGAUCUCCACGUGGGCUGGCUAGGACCUGACGUACAUUUCUUGGUUGCAACAUUACAGAAAGGCACUGCAUGUUCUUGGGUACUGACACACAAGGAUGAAGCUGAUGUAGAAGAAAGCUGGUCUGCGCCUGGCUACGUCGACGAAGCGAUCAAGGCAAUCCCUGACUGGGCGCCGAUAUGCCACGAUAUCAUCCGUGCAACCCCUGAAGGAGCCCUCGUAGAUUGGAAACUGGUGUUCCGAGACCCUCUGCCUACGUGGAUAAGCCCAAAGCGGAGAAUCGCGCUUAUCGGAGAUGCGGCCCAUCCUUUCUUGCCAACUUCCAUUCAGGGUGCAUCGCAGUCAAUGGAGGAUGGUGUGACGGCUGCCGUAUGUCUCGAACUUGCAGGCAAAGAGAAUGUACCAGAAGCCAUUCGUGCAUACGAAAAGAUUAGAUAUCCUCGUGUGCUCGCUACGCAAAGGACUGGAGUAACUAACCGAGAUGCCUGGCACAAGGCAGACUUCGACUAUGUAAGAAAGAAUCCGGAAAGCGUGAAGCUACCGCGGAUGGACUGGGUGUUGAACUUUGACUGCGAGACGCAUGCGUACGAUGUGUAUAACGAGACAGUCGAAUCUCUGAGAGCAGAUCCGAAUUGGAAGCCGGACACGACGUUGUGA